AUGGGCAAUCUCCCAAUUGAUCGCGUUAUUUAUUCACGACCAUUUAGUAAAGUUGGAUGUGACUACGCCGGUCCGAUUACGUUGCGUUCAUCUCGAUUACGAAAUGCUAAAUUGGUUAAAUCGUACAUAGCAUUAUUCGUUUGUUUUGUUACGAAGGGAAUCCAUCUCGAACUAGUAGGAGACCUCUCGACAAAUGCCUUUUUAUUAGCUUUAGACCGAUUUGUUGCGCGUCGCGGUAAACCCAGCGAAAUUUGGAGCGAUAAUGGUACGUACUUCCACGGCGCGAAACGAACUUUGGAUGAAAUGUAUAAUCAACUUCGAAGUCAACACCAUAACACCAUUGUAGCUGAUCACCUGUCAAAGGAUGGCAUAAGCUGGAAAUUUAUCCCUCCUGCAGCCCCACAUUUUGGAGGCUUAUGGGAGGCAGGUGUAAAAUCUGUCAAGACCCACAUCAAACGUGUUAUUGGUGAGAACAAGUUGACAUACGAAGAGAUGUACACGCUACUAGCAAAAAUCGAAGCUCUGCUGAAUUCGCGUCCCAUGUGGCAUGUAUCAGAUAGUGAACCAACUGCAUUAAGUCCAUCACAUUUUAUGAUUGGCGAACAAUAUGUUGCAGUUCCUCAAUCAAAUAUUUCAAAUAAUUGUAUUAAAACUAAUUGGUUUGCUUUACAGACUUUACUCCAAGGCUUCUGGAAGCGAUGGCAUCAGGAAUAUCUGACAUCCCUUCAACAUAGACCAAAGUGGCAAAAAUUUAAAUUGAAUCUUCAAGUUAAUGAUAUCGUUCUUCUCAAAGAGGCAAACCUGCCACCCUCCAAAUGGAUUAUUGGUCGUAUCUCACAAAUACAUCCUGGAAAUGAUGGUGAAGUCAGAGUCGUCACUGUUCACACGAAUUUUGGCAACUACACUCGUCCAAUAUCUAAGGUAGCUCCACUUCCUAUCACUGAAAGACCGGAGUCUUCCAGGGGGGGCUGA